UUCGGAAAGAAUAAGAGAGGGAGCGGAAUUGGGAACACGAGAGACGACGUUGGAACCAGGUCGAGGGUUGUUGCGCCGUUUGAUGCUCCAACGAUAAGAGCGGGGGGACAAAGAGGGCUAUGGGGAAUGGGCUGGUGUCCUCUGUCGUCCACCAUGUGGUCGACUUAACCAUGGAGACGUCGUCGUCGGAGAGUCUGGCUGCGGACGAGGUUGUGGUGGCCGUUGAACGCAGAAACGGAUCGUCUAUUGACGCACGCCGGACGUCAUUGCCAACGCUGAAAGCACAACCACGCCAAGCACGGAGCCCCUCGGUCACUGGCCCUGCGCAGAACCGGACGCCGAAUGCGUCACCUGCUGGCAGGUCCACGCGCGCCAGCGACCUGACCCCGUCGCGACCGACCCGCUUCUCACCCCGAGUCGAAAUCCGCGACUCGCAGUCCCCUCCGCCCACCGUCGAGCCUGCGCCCGAGCCCGAGCCCGAUCCCGCGCCCACAGGGCACCCGCGCCCGCCGACCCCGCAGUCGUCCGCCACAAAUCGGUCUUCCCAAGGCCACCAGACGCCCAGCGCCCAGACACCGAAGAGGACGAUGGGCUGGACAGUCGACAAGAUUGCCGACGCUCUCACGGAGCUUUCCGAGCAAGUCAGCGAAGGCCAUGCCCAACUCGUCGACUUCUUGCUCGAGGAGGCCGAAAAGCAGGCGCCGCAGCCUCGGCAUCUAAGCCCGGUCGAUAUCUUCGCGGGCAUGAAAUCCAUCGCGACGGACAGUAGCAGCGCUCUGCCGAGCGGCGUGGAGACCAUGGCGGUGAAGUUCAAGCAACACAGCGGGGAGUACGGCAAGUCCAAGGGCAGCGGGCGCCGCACCGUCUGCCCUGUCGUUUGCAUCAAGCCCGAUAGGGAGCCCGUUCCACGCUACAGAUUCCACCACGUGGAAAUCCGCAAAAACAUCCUCGCUCCCAAUUCAAUGCUGAACUUUGUCCCGCACCUGCGCGACGUCGACCCCAACUCUGCCGAGGAGCAGAAAUACAGCGCCUGGCUUAUGGACCUCGAGAACCUCGACAGCAAGUCGGGCUUCCAGAUCCAGAACCGGAGCCAGAAGCUGGCGAGACGGGCACGGAACGAAUACGCCGCGGCGCUUGCCCCGUAUCUGGACCGAUGGCUCCAGACGCUGGCCAUUGACGGCUGCUCGAAAUCCACGCUGAUCCGCUACAUGGCGAGCCAGCCGCAGAACGAAGACGCCAUCACGCCCCAGCAGAAGCACAACCUGCUCGACACCCACAGCGAGGUGGGCUCGCCCCGCGCAGUCAGGGGAGCAAGGCUGUUCACAGAAGCGUUCGACCGCGUUUUCAACGACCAACGAAACCAGAGGCGCGUGGCCCUGCGCGACAUUUUGAUGCUCGAUAAGUCGGUCGAGCCCAUCCUGGAUAACAAGAGGGCAAAAGACGGGCCGGGCUCCCAGAAGCCGCGCGACGAGACGCUCAUGCAGAAGACCGUAGAGGCCUUAGGGAGCUACUCCACGCUUGGGUGUCUGAUCUGCUUCGGCCAUGACUGUGAACACGGCGAAAUCGAGCGAGACAAUCAAAAGCGGUGCUUCUCGCUUGAGGAGAUAGGAGGCCUUGUGCCAACCCUGAAGAGGAAGUGGGCAGCGCAAGUCGAGUCCCAUCCAGACAACCCCCAAGUGAACGGCCUGCCCGGCAGGCCGACACACCCGCCCUGCCGAAACCAGUGCUACCGGAGCUACAACACAGGCAACCCGAACCAGGAUGUCAAGCCCUGGUCCGAGAGUGAGGUGAGCGUGCUCGAGUCGGUGUUUACGACGAUCGGCUACAGUCCUUCAUUGAGGGCCGAGUGCUUCGUCGGGGCCGUGCUGGGCCGCUACUGCUGGGACGUGCACCGCAAGCUCAAGGAGUUGGAUCUGUGUCUGCCUCCUGUUGAGCCCCGCACCGAGCCCCCCAGGCCGAAGGCGGUCUCAUGGUACGAUCGCAAAAAGAAGCAACUGCUGGGCGACUGGCAGGAUGCCACCAUCACCCACGAGCACGCGGUGCGCGAACUGUUUGCGCCUUGCCACCACGAAGGGCCAUGCACGGCGGCGAACGGCUGUCCGUGUGCCUCGGCCGGAUCCCAUCCGGUCCUGUGCGAGCGCUUCUGUCUUUGCACCGCAGAAGAGUGCCCGCUGAAGUUCACCGGGUGCGCAUGCCACUCGUCCGGAAAGACAUGUCUCCAGCGACAAAAGGAAGGGAGACCGUGCAUCUGCGUGCAGCUCAACCGCGAGUGCGAUCCCGUCCUCUGCAAGGGCUGCGGCGCGAAGGAGCGGGCCGACCCCGAGAAUGCCUAUGACGAGCAGCUUCAUUCGACCGGAUGUCAGAACGUCGCCCUGCAGCGCGGGGCGUCCAAGGCGGUGUUGGUCGGCAAGUCGCAGCUCGAGGCCUGUGGGUACGGCCUUUUCGCUGCUGAAGACAUCGCCCAGGACGAGUUCGUCAUUGAGUACACCGGUGAACUUAUAAGUCAUGACGAGGGCGUGCGGCGCGAGAACCGCAGAGGAGACGUUUUUGACGAGGAGAACAAGGUCUCCUACCUGUUUACACUGCUCGAGCACGAGGGCAUCUGGGUUGACGCCGCUAUCUACGGCAAUCUCAGCCGGUACAUGAACCAUGCGUCGGACAACUGCAACAUCAUGCCCAGGAUCAUGUACGUCAACCACGAGUUCCGGAUCAAGUUCUCGGCACUCCGCGACAUCAAGGCGGGGGAGGAGCUGUUCUUCAACUACGGCGACAACUUCCCGAACCUUACCAAGAAGCUUGUCGAGCGGAACAACGAGAAAGCGACCGACGACGCGGGUCAAAAGCGCAAGAGCAGCACGCAGCGGCCCACUGCCCGCAAGACGACGUCCAAGGCAAAAGGGGAAGGCAUCGAUUUUGCUUCCGACGGGCAUGGGGACGACGAGGACCUCUGGCUCGGCGACGCCCCCGCGGUCGAUGACGACGAUAUGGGCGACGACUGGGUGGACCAUCAUCCCAGGCGCCGCAAGAAGCGCGGGGGCAGGCGGCCAGGCGCCGGUCGGAAGAAGAAGCAGCCGCAGCCGCCUGUGUCGGCUGAGACAGGUGACGAGGCCAGCCCCGGCUCGCAAUUGCGGACUGAGAGCGGCGGCAUCGCAAGCGAGGCGGCGGCGGAUGCCAAUAUGCCCUCGCGGCGGCGCCUGCCCAAGCAGUCCUACUCGGCCAUGCUCAACCCGCAUCUCAGCUUUUCGGGAUCGGACGCCGGGUCUAAUACGCCCGCGGAGCUUCCCAUCAAGAAAGUCUCCAAGCGCGGGGGUGCCCGGCCCGGCGCCGGCCGCAAGCCGAAGCACCGUCCGGGGCAACCAAAACCGGGCGCGAAAAAGCCGGUCCACACCAGCCAGGACAGCACCAGCAGCCUCACCACCUCCAACGACACGGACGAGAAAUCGACGCCCAAGAAGCCCGCCGCGAGCACCGUGUCCACGCCUAAGAGGGCGGAGAAGACCAGCGGGUCGACGCCAAAGAAAGGCGACAGCAACAGGAGCGUGCUCGGCUCCGGCGCGGGGAGGAAGCGCAAAGCGGCCGAGGCCGAGGCGGAGGACGCGCGGCUCGUCAGCGGCAGCGGCAGCGGCAGCGGCAGCGGCACCACGGCCGCGGCGGGCCUGUACAGGCAUGAUACCUUCCGGCCGAUCGAUGACAGGGCCUCGGUGAGCGGGAGCCGGGGCAGCCGAGGCGGGAGCUCUGUGCGCGGCGGCGGGGUGGACGACGACUUCGACGAUGACGACGUGGUGGAUCGGUCGGCGAGGAAGAGGCAGAAGCCCUGGCGGUAUAGGAACGAGGAGGAGUAGGUCUUCUAACUCGUCCUUUGGUCGGCAGGCGUGUGGUGUGGUUGCGCUGGGUGGGUGGAUGGGUGUUUUGGAGCUGGUCCUUCUUUUGUGGCGGUUGCUGGGUUGCUGGGUUUGGGAGCUGGCUGCGGUUUAGUACGGAA